AUGGCGAGUUUCUCAAAGCGUAGAUCUUCAAUAAAAGAUAAAGAACUUUGGCGAACAAUUCAACUUAUAGAAGGGUUAUCGCGAACCAGCAAUUUAUAUGUCACAAACUUAAUAAAGACUUCUAUGUACACUAAGUGAGAUCUGAUACCCAAAAAUUUAUUUGAGCAAUUGCAAUAUUCUUACAAUCACAAUAUUAAAAGAUAGGUCCUAGCUCCUGUCACAAACAGGAUGGGCCUAUCAACCGAGCUUAGUGAGAAAAGUCAAUCUUCUUGAGAGUCUCGGCUUGAAGAGAAGGGUUGGUGCUGAGGCUGGCACUGACUAGAGAAGUCUUAACGGGCUUAUUAACUUUAACGGUUCGACGGUUAGGCCGUUCACCUACCGUUGUUCAGAGCUGUUAAUUUAGCUGAACCUCAAGUAAAGGAGACUUUAUAGGCAUUCAAAAUGCUAGUGCAAUUCGUUAAGCUUAAACUUAAAAAAAAAUUUCUUACAAUUUAUGAUUUCUGAUGGUUUUUGUCAUCCUACUCAUGCCUUUGAAUUUUGAUUUCCUUUAUAAGUGAUUUAUUUUCAGUGUAUUUCUAACAUUAAUUUUGUUUACCCUUUUAAAAGAUGCUUUGAACGAUCACUGGAAAUAUAAAAAUGAUGAAGAAGUGAAUAAUAAAUUUUAUAAAGUCUGGAAUGGAGAUAUCAUAACAGAAAAGAAAAGCAAGGAUAUUUGCGUUGGCGACAUUUUGUGCAUUGUCGAAAAUGAAACUGUUCCAGCAGAUAUGCUGAUCUUAAGCAUAGGAUCAAAGAAGCAUAUCUGUUAUACAGAUAUUUCAAAAAUAAAUGGCGAAAAAAGCUUGAGGAUCAAACGAUCGAUCAAAGAUUCUCAAGAAGUUCUUGACAAACUCGACAUUAAUCUCGCAGUAUCCUUACUGACCAAAAUUAAUGGCACAAUAAAAGUGUCGCCUGCUAAUAAAAACCAAAAUUUCGAAGGAUCUCUAAAACUCACCACAAACCCUAAAGCAUCGCCAGUUACAAUUAAAAACCUACUGCAAAGCGGAACCAGAAUUGUUAAUACCAAUUGGAUUUUAGGAAUGAUCAUUUAUACAGGUGUUGAGUCUACAACUUGGGCACAUAAGCGAAAUAGAUUCAGACGACUUUCGGUUAGUCAAAAAUUGCUUGGGAAGUGGAUCCGUUACCUUUGAAUUUUCGCAUUUUUCCUUGUAUUAUUUUCGUCCCUGAUGGGAACUUUAUUUUAUGAUUUAAAAUAUAACGACACAGCAAUAGAACUCAUUUGCAAUUUAAUAAUUUUAUUCAGCAACCUCAUACCGAUUUCGCUUUUUGUGAGUUUAAUUAUUAUCAGAUUUUUCCAAAUUUUUAGAAUCCAGCACAAUUACACAGAUAUUGGGUUUCAUACUUGGAACAUUAACGAAGAUUUAGGACAGGUCGAAUACAUUUUGGCUGAUAAAUCAGGAACUUUAACAAAAGAUUUGUUGACAGCUAAUGUGUGCGUAGUUGGAGAUGAUGUGUAUAUAAAUGAAAGUGAAGAAACCAUUGACUCUUAUCCUUAUCCCACGACUCCUCGGGGCACUCCAAGAGGCUUCGAAUGCGAAAACAGCUACAUGAAAAAAAACUCUUCAGAUUACAAUCAUUUUUUGAACUUGAGGCAUGAUUUAAGGUCAACGGAAAUGUUUUCUCCCAUUUUUCAUUUUAUGUUAAAUAUGACCAUUUGCAAUCAAACUAUGACAAAAUCAAAUGGAGAAUAUUUUUCCUUGUCAGAUGAAGAUAGAUUACUAGCGAGAACUAGUGAAAAAGCAGGUAUGCAGCUUAUAAGAAGAUCAAAUAGAAAAAUAUCAGUGCUGUAUUUUGAUAAGCAGCUUGAUUUGAGUGUUGUCGCUUUUCAACCUCCUUCUCAUGAAACUAAAAGAAUAAGAAUCCUUAUCAGAUUCCCUGACACAGACCAAGCUAUUUUAUACAUCCGCGGAUCAAGAGAUCCUAUGGCCAGGCUGCUAUCAGUUGAUUCAAAUAAAUACUCCAAUGUUGAGUCUAUCACUUACAUGAAAUGUCUUUCAGGAAAAAAACAAAUUUUAUUCGGCUAUAGAAUAUUGACCGCAAAAGAGCUUAAUGAGUUCAAAUUUGCUUAUGGAAAUGCCAAGCUUUCUCCAGUUAAUAGUGAAGGAAGGAUGAACCGUGUUUUCGAGCGCUAUGAAAAAGGCAUGAAAUAUCUCGGAAUUGUUGGAAUAGAAGAUCUAGUGUCAGACGAAACAAAAGAAACCAUGAAACUUCUAAGUAGAGCUGGAAUUAAAAUAUGGCUAGCCAGUGGAGAUUCAGAAGAAAGCACCAUUUGUGCUGCAAUUUCAUCUGGACUUGCAGAAGAGCAUACUCAAAUGGCAAGAAUCCGAGGCGUCACUUCGCAGAUGGAAUGCACUAGAAUCAUGAGAAAUCAUAUCAAGCAGCUCAUAUAUCACACAGGAGAGUCUCCAGAUAAUCCUAAUAAAUCAAUAAUGUCACCAAAAAGGAAAUAUUCUGAUGAAAUGAACAACGUUUCUAAUAGAAGCGAGCUAAUGAUGUUUCGUGACGAAGUGAAUGGAUUAUCCCCUUAUUGUGACUCUCCAGUCAAAAAAAGCUUUAAUAUGCCAUUUCAAAGAAGAUCUAUACACCCACUAAUGUCUGAAUUGGUGCCAAAUGUAGUUUUAGAGGAUGUACUGAAAUAUUCAUUUGAUCCAGAUACCGUGUCUUAUGUAUUAUCAAUCGAUAGAAGUGGCUUGCAAUUUGCUUUUAACACAGAAGAAAGCAGAAGAUAUUUAGUAGCUUUGCUUUUUGCUGCAAAAACAGUCAUUUUUAGUUCGAUUACGACUGAUCAAAAAAUUAAGCUCGUUAGGCUACUUAAAGGGAAUUUCCAGUUUAAGCCAGCAAUCAUGGCAAUUGGGGAUGGGCCAAGCGAUACUGCAAUGAUUCAAGAGUCACACAUAGGAGUUGGGAUUGAAGGAAAUGAAGGUCCAGAUGCUUCUUUAUCUGGAUGUAUUUGCCUAAGAGAUUUUUCCCAAUUGAAGCAUCUUUUACUAUUUGAAGGUCAUUAUUGUUAUACGAGAAUAGCGUCAGUUAUGUUUCUUAUAAUAUAUAGAGAUAUUCUUCUCGUUUGCCUACUGUUUUUCUACAAUACUAGCGUAGGAUUUUCAGGGAUUAGUCUAAUUGAUAGUCAGUACAUCCUUAUUUUGGAUUUUUUAUUGACACUGCUCCCCAUUAUGGCAAUAGGAGUUUUCGACGAGGAUAUUUCGAAGGCCGAAAUCACAAUGCAUCCAGAAUCUUAUGAUGUAGGAAUUAAAAAAGAAAUUUUUACCUUUAAGAAGUUAACUUAUUUUGCUUUUGAAGGGGUAUCGCAUGCUUUUAUUUUAUUCAUAUUCCUAUAUUUCGGAGUCAGCUCAACUAUCAAUUCUUCAGGAUAUACUGAGAAUUUUACUUAUAUAGGAAUAUUGGCUUUUAUUGAAUGGUAUAUGGUUUCUAUGAUAACAAUUAUACUGCAAGUGAACUCUUUCAAUAAAUACACAAUGGCUUCUAUUGCGAUAUCAAUUUUAAUAGCAUUUGGCUAUAUUCAAGGAGUUUCAGAUAACGAUGAAAACUCAAGUUUUAUGGGAGCGGAAAUGAUUAAUAGCUGCCCAAGAAGUUAUGCUCAAAUAUUGCUGGUACCAUGCAUAUGCUUUGUAUUGAGCUACUCAGCAAGAGUGGCCAAUAUAAAUUUCGACCCAAAUACCAUUCAUUUAAUGAGAGCCCUAGCCAAUAAAAUUUACCAAGUUGCUGUGAUUUCAAGACUGGAAAAAUAUAAAGAUAAGAUUCACGAGCUGUAUAGAGUAACUGAUAAAUGAAAAGAGCAGAAAAGAUUGGAUAGGUAUGAUUUAAAUAAGUGGAGAUUGCUAUUUAUAUCACCUGUAAGAGAACUUGAAUAUCAGGGAGAGCAGCUCAGAGAAAACAUUAACCAAUAUAGAGCCUUAAUUUUGCUGUUUCUAUCAAGAUAUAUUAUCAUGUUCAUCUUUUCACUAAUUUACUAUGAUGAGCUAGGAGCUCUAAUUUUUAAUACAAUUUUUGGCUUAUAUCAUCUCAGCCUUUUUAUUUUGACAUGAAAAUCACUAUUUAAAAAAUACCAAAAAAAACUGCUACUUUCUGUAUAUAUAGUGAAUAUAGCAGCAACUGUAAUAGAAUAUUAUACUUUUGACUGGCUAACCAUAAGCUCAGUUUUAUCAUUACCUGUUAUUAUUCUAUUAGGUUUCUGCACAUUGUGGUUUUAUCUUGUGGCUUUAACAAUCGUUCAUUUUAGUAUUACAAUUCCAAUUAUCAUCGAAAAAAUUACCCAAAGUAGCCAAAUCAGCUAUGAUAAUCAAGUUCUCUAUAUAAUCGAAUACAUUUUUGUAUAUUUAUCAGUAAUCUCUGUCACAACACUUAUAAGCUACGUCAUAGAAAAAUCACGACGAGAAGAAUUUGCAAGAAUUCAGCAUGAUAAACAAGAAGUAGAAAAAUCAAUGAGCGUCCUAAAUUUCUUGCUCCCAGCUUUUGUGAGAAAAAGAGUAAAAGAUGGAGCCAGAUAUAUUGCGGAAAACCAAGGGACUGUUUCUGUGCUAUUUUGUGACAUAUGUGAUUUUGAAGCUAUUAUCUCAAGAUUCACUCCUCAAGAACUUAUAGAAUUCUUGGAUGGGAUUUUCAGAAAAUUUGAUCAAUUAUGUGAUGAAUUUGGAGUCACGAAAAUAGAGACCGUUGGAAAAACGUAUAUGGCUUGUGCAGGUCUAAAAGAUUCUGAGCCUGAGUCAGAUCCAGUAUUUGCAAGCGUUUCUCACGCAAGGAGAGCAAUAGAGCUUGGACUUGGGAUGCUAAAAGCAGCAGAAGAAAUUUUUAUAAAUGACGACACUCAGCUAAAAUUAAAAAUUGGAAUUAACAGUGGUCCAGUCACAGCUGGAGUUGUAGGGUUUCAUAAGCCACAGUUUUCACUUGUAGGAGAUACUGUAAACACUGCAAGUCGAAUGGCUUCAACUUUGCAGGACUCAAGCUGCAUCCAAAUUUCCAAUGAAACUUUUGAGCUGAUAGAUUCUAAAGAAGGAUUGACUUUUGAAAACAAAACAGUUGAGGUUAAGGGCAAAGGGACGAUGGAGACAAAGCUAGUUAAAGAAGCUGUGCUGGGUGACAAAGAGACAAUGACCAUUAAGAAAUCUACAUUGAGUAUGGAAGGAGGAAGACUUUCGACGAUUUCAAUGUCGAAAUCAAGUUAUUAUUUUGAAACAAGCCAUCAUAUAAUUUCGGGAGAAAGACGAAAGUCAUUGUUUUUGGAAACUCUUGACUUAGAAAAUGUAGAUGAAGUUUUCAAAAGAUCAAAUACCCCAAAAAUAGAAAAAGUCAGAUUUAUUUCCUUUAGGUGCAAAGAAAAGCUAAAAGACCAGAAAUUCAGAGAAUAUUUUAUCAGCUGCAAUUUUCCUAUUGUUUUUUAUGGAUUGAUCAUUGGAGCUAUAUUUUUUGCUGUGGCUACAGCUUUAAGUCUUGCAAGGUUUCUUAUAAAUGAUGAUAAAACAACGCCUUAUCGAAGCGUUUCACUUGGCAGUCUAUUCAUUGAAUUUUUGCUGUUUCUAUUGAUGAUAAAAUUGGUUAAAAAAGAAAAACAAAAUAUCAUAACUGGGUGAAUUUUGCAGUGAAUUUUUGCUGUAGGAAUGGGAAUCCUUAUGGUUUUAACCAGAACUGAAGACUGGACCUAUGAUAAUUAUAUAGAAUUUGGUAAAAUGGUUCUCCAUGCUUUGUAUCUUACACACUGCUCAGAAUCAUUUUUAAAACACAUUACCGUAACUAUUUCUAUUGUCUCUAUCCUCUGGAUGCUUAUUGUACUAAUUUUUAUGAAAUUCAAUACUGCAGAAAUCGCUUCUUUGUCCUUAAUUCUGUUUGUAAUUAUGACAUAUUCUAUUUAUUAUCGAGAAAAAAAACUUACUCCUGAUUCUUGAUUAAACGACAUUAUUGAAAAUUCCAGAAAACUGGAAAAUUAAUCUCCAUCUUUUAUUGAGCAAUUACCAUAUAAUCAAAAAUGAGGCCAAUAGCCCAUCUAGCUACCUAUCUUUGAUAUUAAUUAAUAUUGAAGAUUAUGCUGUAUAUUUAUCUCUUAUGCAAUUCUAAUGCAAUUAUAGCAAAUUCGCUAAUAGUAUGUAUACUCUAUCUCUAGUGGCAAGCUUAUAAAAUAUUUUAUUGGAAAAAAAUCCAGGAUAAAAUUUGAAGGUUAAUUAAAAAAUUUAUAUGAUUUAUUUUCAAAAAUUUUAUUAACCCCAUCCUCAUCAACGAUGGUGAUAAGCCUGUCAAUGAUAGGGGAGUUAGAGUAUCAUAUGCUCUUAGAAAGGCAGCCCACAAAGAAAGUAAAAAAACUGAGAACCUUCUUACAGAAAUGAUGCCAUCUCACGUCUAUUUCAAUUUAAAAGAAGAAAACACUAUAACUGACUCUUUAUCUGACGUCACAAUUUUAUAUGCUGAUAUUGUCGGCUAUACUUUAUGAUCUGCUUCCAAAAGUCCUGAGCAAAUUGUAGGGAUGCUUCAUGAGUUUUUCACAAGAUUUGACAGGAUUUGUGUAGAGCACCAUGUAUAUAAAGUUCACACUAUUGGAGAUUGCUAUGUAGCCAUUGGAUUUACUGAAGAUAACAAUAGAAAUCCAGCUGUAGAGUGCUUAAAUAUCAUGAAAUUUGCAGAAGCUAUGCUGAGGGUUAUAGAAGAUAUUAAUAGUGAAUAUUUUACACAUUUGUGUAUGAGAAUUGGGAUACAUUCUGGGAAUGUUAUAGGAGGGGUAGCUGGGACAAAAAUUGUGAGGUAUGAUAUUUAUGGACGAGAUGUGCUGAUUGCAAAUAAAUGUGAAAGUAAUGGGAUUCCUGGAAAAAUUGUGGUGAGUGAGUAUGCAAAAAAUCUUCUUCAGAAGAAUCCGCAAUGCCCAUAUACGUUUGAUGUUCAUAAAGAAAUUGUGGAUAGGAAUAAAAAAAUUACACUUUAUGUGCUUGAUGAAAUUUUAAAUCUUUAA